AUGGCCUUCGCGGGCAACUGCGGCGUGACCCUCGACGUCUCGGGCGCGGAGGCCCUCUUCCACGAGGAGCUCGGGCUCGUGCUCGAGGUCGCCGCCGCGCAGGCCGACGCCGUCGCGGCCGCCUACACCGCGCAGGGCGUGUCGUGCGUGCGCAUCGGGGCGCCCUGUGCGGGGGACAGGGUGAAGAUCGUCGGCAAAUCUGGGCAGGUGGAGCUGGAGGAGAGGAUGACGGUGCUGCGCGACAGGUGGGAGAGCAGCUCGUUCGCGCUGGAGAUGCUGCAGGCCAACCCCGCCUGCGUCGUGCAGGAGCGCGACAGCAUGGCGGUGCGCAGCGCCCCCCCGAUCCACGCAGCGAUCCUCAGCCCCGAGCCCCAGUGGCUGCUCGCGGCCGGGGCGCCCCAGGUCGGCAUCGUGCGGGAGGAGGGCAGCAACGGCGACCGCGAGAUGGCCGCCGCCUUCCGCCUGGCGGGCUUCGAGUGCUGGGACGUGACGAUGACCGACCUGGCCAGCGGCGCCAUCCCGAACACUUCCGCGGCCUCGCCUUCGUCGGCGGCUUCUCCUACGCCGACACGCUGGGCUCCGCCAAGGGCUGGGCGGCCACAUGCCGCUUCCAGCCGAGGGUCUCCGCGCAGUUGA